AUGCCGCAAAGUCAUAGAAAAACUCCUUUUAGUGGAAAAGCGAAAAAAGAACAGCUAAAAAUCAAAAAACAAUCCAAACAAGGGUUUCACAAAAAUCCAGUACUCCUUAAAGCUCAUGAAAAUAUCGGUGAGGGAUCUGGGAAUAUUGAUAAAAUCAAUUUUCAACCAACCAGAGAUGGUCAUUCAAAGCCAAAUAGAUACGCUUUACAAUUUUUUAAAGAAAGCCAAGAGGAAAUUUUGAAACAAAAGGAACUUGCUAGGCACAGUCUGGAACCUAAGGAGGAGCUAGAUUUAGAAAUAGAGGCAAAUCAAUUUUUUGAAAAGGAUCUAGAUUUUCCAAAGAGGCCCUCUUGGGAUUUCUGUCUAAGUAAAGAUGAAUUGGAACAACAAGAAAAUCACUAUUUCACUCAAUAUGUAAAGGAUGUAGAACAAAAGUUUAAUUGGAAGGACUUGAGCUUAUUUGAGUUAAAUCUCGAAACUUGGAGACAGCUUUGGAGGGUCCUAGAGAUAAGUGAUGUUAUUCUAUUCAUUGUAGAUAUUAGAUUUGCUGCUGUCAUGUUCCCCCCAUCUUUGUAUCAGUAUGUCACCAAUACAUUAAAAAAGGACUUUAUUUUAGUGAUAAAUAAAAUAGAUCUAGCUCCUGCUAGCAUCGUGGUAGCUUGGAAACAUUAUUUUGAAGAGAGAUAUCCAAAUUUACAUAUUGUUUUGUUCACUACAGUGCCUGGGUACAAUUUGAUAGGCAACCAAACUAAUGCCUCUGGUUUACAGGUACGCAGACGAAAAGGGCGAAUCCGCAUGGCUGCCGAGGGCGCCCAGCAAAUUUUAGACAUCUGCAAGAAACUAGUAGGCAAUGAGAUAGAGCUAAGCUCUUGGCACAGGAAAAUUAAAGAGGAAUGCAGCCUAGAAACUGGCGAUAGUGAUAACGACAGUGUAGAAGUCGGUGAAACAGUGCAUUUGAAAAAUGUGGAUACUGAUUAUGUUCAGUAUGAGAAAUUUUACAAAGGGACUUUAACUAUAGGCUGCAUUGGCCAACCAAACGUAGGAAAAUCAUCUUUGAUGAAUGCAUUGAUGGGGAAAAAAGUAGUGAGCGUGUCCAAGACCCCGGGCCACACUAAACACUUCCAAACCAUAUUUUUGACUCCCAAUGUUAGGUUGUGCGAUUGUCCUGGAUUGGUUUUUCCUUCUAAGGUACCAAAACCUCUACAAGUAUUAAUGGGAAGCUUUCCUAUAGCUCAGCUACGUCAGCCUUUUACCACUGUUAAAUAUAUAGCUGAAAGGUUAGAUCUAGUGGUCCUUCUUCGCAUCGAUCAUCCUACAAACGAUGACACUUGGUCAGCCAUGGAUGUAUGUGACGGUUGGGCGAAAAAGAGAGGUUAUUAUACCGCUAAAGCGGCUCGUCUGGAUUCGUACAGAGCCGCCAACAGUUUGUUAAGAAUGGCUCUAGAUGGAAAAAUUUGUCUCUGUCUAAGACCGCCUGGAUAUUCAGAGAAAAAAGAGCUUUGGGCGUCACAUCCUGACAUAAGAGUUGUAGAAGGGAUUCAGGCCCGAAACGCUGAGGCUGCAUCCAGUGGUGACAGCCAUUUGGUAAUAGACACUGAUAGCGAUGAAGAAGUAUCCAAAAAGAAUGUAAAUAAAAAAGAAAAAUCCAAUUCAGAUUCUGAAGAUGAUAGCGAAGACGAAGAUGAUUUUGAAGUAACUUCUAAUAAAUUUUCAGCCCUCAGUUCGGAUAUGUAA